UGACCAAUGGACUUCUCCACGACACAACUCCUCCUAUUCGCGUGCUUUCUCCUUCCAUGUCUCCUCCUCUUCACCGCCGUCAAAUCCCGCCGGCGAUCUGCCGUGCUUCCGCCGGGUCCUCCGCGUUUGCCGAUCAUCGGGAAUAUUCUCAACGUCGGGAAAAAUCCCCACCAUUCACUCGCCGAACUCUCGAAAGCUUACGGACCCAUAAUGAGUCUUAAGCUGGGGACAUUAACCACAGUGGUCGUGUCUUCACCGGACGCAGCAAAAGAGGUGCUUCAAGUCCACGACCAGGCCUUGUCGGGUCGAACCUUCAGCGACCCGGUUCGAGCCAUCGGUCAUCACGAGGUUUCCGUUGUCUGGUUACCGGCCUUGGCUCGCUGGAGGUUACUAAGGAAAAUAUCGGCCGCCCAAGUUUUCUCUCCGAGUCGUCUCGAAGCCACAAGGCCAAUACGGACGAACAAGUUACAGGAACUCCUAAAUUUCCUCAACGAUAGCUGCAACAGAGGAGAAGCUGUGGACAUUGGCCGUGCAUCGUUUGUCACAGCCGUCAAUAUAAUCUCAAACACCCUCUUCUCCAUCAAUUUCGCCUCCUACGACUACACAGCCUCUAACGAGUUCCACGAUCUCGUUGUCGGUAUCAUGACAGCUGCCGGCAAACCCAACCUCGCCGAUUUUUUCCCGAUCCUUAGAUUUCUUGAUCUGCAAGGUAUCCGGAAAGAGUUGAAGGCUUGUUCAGACAGGCUGUUUGAGGUUUUCCAGGGGUUUAUCGAUUCUCGGACCGCGAAGAGGUCGUCUAGGACCGAGCCAAAAGAUGUGUUGGAUUCCCUUAUCGAUAUCGUCCACGAAAAUGAAUCAGAACUCAGCAUGAAAGACAUCAGACACUUACUUCUCGACUUGUUUUUAGCGGGUACCGACACUAACUCCAGUACGGUGGAAUGGGCAAUGGCAGAGUUACUCCACAGGCCGGAGACUAUGGCGAAAGCUCAGGCCGAGAUUGCGCGGUUAAUAGGGGAAAACGGUGUAAUUCAAGAAUCCGAUAUCCCGAAACUCCCGUAUAUACAAGCAGUGAUGAAAGAGACUCUACGUUUGCACCCACCAGCUCCAUUUCUCCUGCCACGCAAAGCAGAAUCAGAUGUCCAAAUUUCCGACUUCCUCGUGCCUAAGAACGCUCAGGUUCUAGUUAACGUGUGGGCUAUAGGACGAGACCCGAACGUGUGGGACAACCCGACGCAGUUCGAACCGGAGAGGUUCUUGGGAAGUGAAAUAGACAUGAAGGGCAAAGAUUUCGAAUUGACACCGUUCGGAGCCGGACGAAGGAUAUGUCCGGGAAUGCAACUGGCUUUUAAGACGGUGCCUAUGAUGCUUGUUUCACUUCUACAUUCCUUUGACUGGAAACUCCAAAACGGCGUCGUCCCCGAAAAAUUGGACAUGGAAGAGGCCUUCGGUGUUACACUGCACAAGGCCCAGCCCCUCUAUGCCGUUCCCAUCAAGAAAAACGUCGGACCAACUCCUUCGGAUAUUUGAUCCAAUCCCUUUUCUUCUUUGAUCUCUGUAAUUCCCGGUUCAUUUGUUUGAUUUUAUGAGUAAUCCUUUGAUUUACAUGAUAAAUGCUUAUUUGUUAAAAUAAAAUAAGCACGUCUUUUUGCA